AUGAAACAAGCAGCAACCGACAACUGUCAAAGCAUUGCAUUUCCAGCUGUUGGUUGUGGUCUAGCUAGAUGUGAUAUUGGUCUAGUUGCUCAAACAAUGGUUCGAGAAGUCAAUCGUCAAUUGGCUAAAUAUCCUCUUUCAGUUAUAUUUGUAAUAAAGCCAGAAAGAUUGGAUAUCUAUGAUGAAUUUCUGAAAGAAAUUCGUUUAUUACAAGAACCUAAACAAACGCCAAGUAUUGAAAAUAUAUCAACAACCAUUGGACAAGGAACAAUCGAAAUUGAAAAGGGAAAUAUAACUCUACAAAAGGUUGAUGUCAUUAUUGGAACUUCAUCAUCGGAAGCCUUAAAAAAGAUAAUAAUGAAUGCGGCUGGUGACAAAGCCAAACUUAUGUACAAUACGGAAUAUAAAAAGAAUCCAAAUAGCCCACUGAUUUCAAUUCCAUCUUGUCAGCUAGCUUGUAAUCGAAUCUUUUUUAUCAAGUGGCAACCAGAUAAAAAUCUAGCUAUACUUCGAAAAUCAAUUACUGACUUUGUAUCAAUUGUUAUACAAAAUACCAUUGCAUAUCAAUUCAGUUCAAUUGCCUUACCCAUCAUCGGAUGUGGACAGCAUGGCUGUCCUGUAAAUUUAAUGGCCAAAACGAUGAUUGCAGAGAUAAAAAAGCAGCUUACGAUUAGCAAUGUUCCAAUGAUAGUAAAAUUCAUUGUCGAACCUGAACGAGAGCAUGUUUAUCAAACAUUUUGUAAACAAAUCGAGGCAACCCAGGAAGGUAAUAGUACCGCUGUAUUUUCAUCAGCUAAUUUUAGAAGUGUUAUUCUAGGCACGAGUUAUGGUGUGGGUGUUUAUUUUUCAGCGAAUGCAAAUUAUAGUCAUGCUUUUGCUGUCCCAAAUGCUAAAGGAGAGCGACAUAUGUUUCUGUCACGUGUUUUGAUCGGAAAAACGUGUCCAGGAACAUCUUUCAUGAAAAUGCCACCGGAUGGAUUCCAUUCAACUACUGACGGAACUCAUAUUUUCGUCGUUUAUCAUGAUGCUCAAGCAUAUGCCGAAUAUUUAAUUACAUAUGAAUAG